AUGGGGAUUAGUGAAUUCAAUAUAGAGAGUAUUGGUAGUGUUGUAUCUGCUGCUUCUGUUGGAAUUGCCAGUGUUGUCGCCACUUCUAGGGGUUCAGAUACUGCUAAUGGUGCCAUUGAUGUAGUUGCUAUUGCUAAUUGGGUUGCUGGUUUGAAUGGUGGGAUAAUUGGUGCUGUGGAGGGUAUUGCUGGGAUUUUUUGCCUUAUUGGGGCAGUUGGAUUGAGACGUCAUUUAACUUAUGUUACUGAAUUUUCUAAUCCGUGUUUAAGGGAGGGAGGAGCUUGCAUCGAAAACAAUUUGCGUUUCUUGAUCGCGAAAAUGGAUUGUUUUUCUGAGUAUAAGCCCCCAACAUCAAAAAUCCCUUUCCAGAAUAAGAGAUACCAUGUUUUCCUGAGCUUCAGGGGGCCUGAUGUGAGGCAAACAUUUGUACACCAUUUGUCCGAAUCCUUAUAUGCUACGGGAAUACGUUUUUACUAUGAUGACCUACUUGAGCAAGCAAUUGAGGAUGCUACCAUUCCCUUCUUUACCACAAAUUAUGCUUCGCCAGCCUGGUGUCUGCGGGAGCUGAAGCACAUGUGCAAUUCCAAAACGGUCAGAAAACCCCUUUCUUACGACGUCCAGCCGCGCCACGUUCGACACGCAAACCACCAACCAAAAUUAGGCGGUGAAACGCGUGCAAACCGCGAAGCUACAGCAGUGUGCAAAAGUGAGGCAAAAGCAGAGGACCAAAGAGAUGCAGGAGGACAGGGCGAGAGAGAAGCAAGAGCAGAGGCAGAAAAUGAGACAAACCCAUAUAGUGAGGAAUUGAAAGAGCACCUCCGUAAGGGCCGACAUCCACUUUGGUUGAUCGACGAGUGGGGACAAUCGUUGAAGAAUAUUUGUUAUCUCAGGGGAUACCUUGAAAAUGGACAGUCUAUUGACAACGCCUUGAAGCGGGCAAUUGAGGAUAGCGCUAUCUGCAUCCCCAUCUUCAGCAAAAAUUAUGCUUCCUCACCGCAUUGCCUGCAGGAGCUCACGCACAUGUGUAAAUGCAAAGCGCUCAUCAUUCCCCUCUUUUAUGACGUCCAGCCGUUCCAAGUUCGAACCGCAGAGAGUGAAAGCCAGGGAAGUAGAUAUGCCGAAGUAUUGCGGGUACACUACUCUACAGGCCGAUAUCCACCAGAAGCCAUGGAGGAGUGGAAACAGGCACUGCAUCAAAUUACCAGUCUGCCUGGGUGGACGCUUGACACCAGAUCCUGCUUGGAGGGAGAUCUGGUGAAACGCAUAGUCUGUGAUGUUACCAACACAUUGGAUGAAAUCCCCUUACACAAUGUUGCAAAACAUCCCGUCCAGCUUGACAACAAGAUACAAGACGUCAUACGCUUGCUGAAGCUGCACAACAAAACUGAUGUGCUCACAUUGGGUAUUUGGGGAAUGGGUGGCUGUGGCAAAACAGUCAUUGCAAAGGCCGUCUUCAACAAUAUCUUUCAAAGUUUUGAUUGCUGCUCUUUUCUAUCCGACGUGCGGAAAAUGUCCCAGAAGAAAUUUCAAGAGCAUAUCAUCAGAGACAAAGUUAAGAGUUUCGAUGAAGACUGGUCGAUGAUUGCGCAGGUUUCGGUAGCGAAGCGCGCCCUGGUGAUUUUAGAUGAUAUCGAUGAUAGCAAGCAGCUGGAGUUGCUAACGUGGGAAAAUUGGGGCGGUCCGGGAAGCAGAAUUAUUGUAACAACCCGCGAUAAGCACGUAUUAAACCUGGCACGGAUUAAUGCUGUUUACAAGAUGGAAAGACUAGAUCAUGAUGAUGCUCUACGUUUGUUCAAUUGGCAUGCAUUUUUGAGUCCCGAGCCAGAUAAAAAGUUUAAAGAACAAUCAGAAAGGAUUGUGGAGGCCUGUGGCGGUCUGCCUCUGGCAAUUGUAGCCGUGGGAGGUCAUUUGCAUGACAAAAAGGAAUCCCUUGACUACUGGAGAGAAGCGUUGAGUACCCCGCAGAGCAUCUGUCACCAAAAAAUUUACGACGUGCUCAAGAUUAGCUAUGAUAAUCUCAGUUAUCAAGAGAAAAGGAUAUUUCUCGAUAUCGCUUGCAUUUUCACAGGUAAAGAGACAAAGCAGGCCAUCCGGCACUGGAAAAGAUUCAAGUGGGAUGCGUAUACGGCCAUAACAAAUCUUGAGCAUAAAUCGCUUAUAACCAUUGGCAAUGAUAAUGUAUUCAUGAUGCACAAACUUCUCCGAGAUAUGGGGAAGGCGAUCAGAGGAGCGGAUAAGAGCUCACCGUUCUCUUUCAACUUUCUCACUGGGUUGAUCCUUCCCACUGAUUUCUGCCGAAUGUUUGCUACAAAUAAAAGAUUUGAGACCGCAAGGGAGGGUGAAAACCCAUUUCCAGGUGGAAGAAAUGUGCAGGAAUCUGCGGAGGAUAGACGUUGUUGGUGA